CCAAGCUCCAGGCAUUUCUCGAGAGAAAGAGCCCUCCUCCUCCUGCUCCAGCUCCUGCUCCUCCAGCCAGAUCGCCUCGCGGGCGCUCGUCCUCCUGCCUGCGGCUCUGACUGGGGCAGGCCUCCUCCUCCUCCCGAGGAACGCACGCACUCGCUCGCCCCCGCAAUUCGUCGGUGGUGCCUCCACCGAGCAGCGCGAAUAGGAUCGAGAUCCUCACGCUCCGACUCUCUCGGGCAGUGCGCGCAUCCUCCCUCGCUCGCGCUCAAGAAGAAGAAGCCUCGGCGCUUCGCACCCGACGGUGCGCGGUGAAGGCGAGACGCAGAGUCGGCGAGGUGACGAGGUCGGAGGAGGGGGCGAGGACGAAGACGACGAAGACGACGAAGACGAAGACGAGAAGGAGGACGAGGAAGCAGGUGCAGGAAAGGGGCGACAUUGGAGUCGGGCAUGCGGACGGGGUGAAGGGGAGGGGAGGCGCGAGGCGGAGGAGCGAUGGGGCGAGCAGUGGAGACGGUGGAGGAUGUGGUGGCGCAGAUGAAAUUGCUGCUGACGGCGGUGCCGCCGCGGCCGAGCUUCGGCGAGGUGGAGGCGGCGAAGCUGGCCAUCCGCGACGAGGAGAGCAGCCUGAGCGCCAAGCUCGACGAGCUCUUCAGCGAGCCAUGCCCGCCCGCCGUGCCGCCGCGCGUCUUCCGCGCGCUGCAGGAGAUGCACGAGAGCGUCAUCCGCACGCAAUCCGAGGUCCGGCGCAAGAGCCACGCCUUCGUGCUGCAGCUCGAGGAGCGCCACCGCAUCUUUGACGACCUCCUGCGCAGGGCCGAAUCCGCCCUCGCCCUCGCGCUUGCGCCCGCGCCCGCGUCGAAAUUCGCCGCGCCCUCUCCUCCGAGCUCCCUCGUCGCGGCCGCCAGCCCGCUGCGCCGCAGCUCCAGCGGCGGCCCGCUCUCGACGAUCGCCAAUGAGCGCGCACGCCCCCUGCAGGCGCUUCUUGAUCCGCCAUCGCCCCCGCGCCCGCCCCCUCCCGCGCCCGCGACCGUCGCGGCGCGCCCCCGCUACGAGCCCGAGGCCGGCGGGCUCCUGGCAAGAACGCAGCAGGAAGGGCGCAGCCUCUUCGAGCGCGGCGCCAAGAUCGAGCCCGUCGAGCCCAAGACUAGCGCCGAGCCCGCGCUGGCGCCCUCGAGCGGCGCGGCGGACGAGGAAUUGCUGGGCGCUCGAUGGCCGCCCAAUCUGCUGAGCAUUCUGGAGACGGCGGAAAAGGACGGGCAGCAGCCGGAGGCGCUGGACUUCAGCAAUGGCGGAUACACUUGGAUUCCGGAGUCCAUCGGAAUGUUGGUGAAUUUGACAUCUCUCGAUCUGUCGGGCAAUAUGCUGUCGGCGCUGCCGGAGUCCAUCGGGCUGCUGACGCACCUGACGAGCCUGGACGUGGAGGCGAAUCUGCUCAAGUCGCUGCCGGAGUCGCUGGGGCUUCUGACGUGCCUGCAGACGCUCAACAUCGAAAAGAAUUCCAUCGAGGAGCUGCCGUGGACCAUCGGCAAGUGCACGGCUCUGGUCGAGCUUCGGGCCGACUUCAACCAGCUCAAGGCUCUGCCGGAGGCUGUAGGGCAAUUGCGGUCGCUGCGAAUUCUCUCCGUCCAUCUCAAUUGUCUGAAGACCCUGCCCACCACCAUGGCGUCUCUCACCAGCCUGACCGAACUCUAUGUGCACUUUAACCAACUGGACACUCUUCCCGAGAGCAUUUGCUCGCUGACGAGCCUCCAGAAACUGGACGCGUCGUCGAAUUUCUCCGAUUUCCGGUCGCUGCCUCCGUCCAUCGGCAAUCUCCAGGGCCUGCGCGAUCUGGACUUAAGUUUCAACCAUCUCUCGGUUCUUCCGGACUCGUUCGCUCAGCUCACGAAUUUGCGCAGACUCAAGCUGGAUGGCAAUCCGUGGCGCAGUCCUCCCCUGGAAGUCGUGGCCGAGGGUCAGCAGGCGGUUUUGGAGUACAUGGCCAAAUGGAAAGAAAGGGAUCUCGAGGAGAAGGCCAAAGAGUCCGUAAGUUGGAACCCUCUCUCUGUAGUGGUUAAUUUUUUAAGAAAAUGCAGUCGGCCCAAGGUCGUCCAAGACAACUUUUCAAAGAUAACAGCAUGAUCAGCAUUUUGGGUCCAGUUCUCUUGAGGCAUCCGAACACUGCAGGCUCCAGAGACUAGAGACCGGAGUCUCGACGAUCGGGCUCGUGUUCUGCGGACGGUGUGUGUACUUGUGUCUCUAGGCCUUGCUUGCGAUCGGAGCUUUGCUAUAUCGAAAUCACCGUCGAAAUUCGGGCAAUAUUUCGGAUAGACGAACGACUCUGGUGUGUAUGUAUGUAUACAUUCUUCCACUGGGUGGGUGAGUGAGUGAGGACACUGAGUGAAGCAAGGUCAGCGGUCUUCCUGAAAGUCCUCAUCCUGGCCUUUUGUCGGAUCCAGUGGGUCCGAUCCAGCCUCUCAUGUACAUUUAUUGUAGAGCCCUGUAAGCCGUGCAUGGAGAAGAAAGAGAUGUGUUCCGAUCUUGGAUUUCAGGAUUAGCAUCCCACAACAAGAGGUUCACUCUGAGAAGCAGAUCAGGAGCAGCCCAGGGAGCAGCACCUGCAACUUCACCAACCCCGAGGUUUCAUUUCAUCAGCAAGUCAGUCAGGGUCUAACAGGAGGAUGUUAAGACUCUGCCGCUGCACAGAGAGAGAGAGAGAGAGAGAGAGAGAGGAUGUUAAGACUCUGCCGCUGCACAGAGAGAGAGAGAGAGAGAGAGAGAGAGAGAGAGAGAGAGAGAGAGAGAGAGAGAGAGAGAGAGAGAGAGAGAGAGAGAGAGAGAGAGAGAGAGAGAGGAUGUUAAGACUCUGCCGCUGCACAGAGAGAGAGAGAGAGAGAGAGAGAGAGAGAGAGAGAGAGAGAGAGAGAGAGAGAGAGAGAGAGAGAGAGAGAGAGAGAGAGAGAGAGAGAGAGAGAGAGAGAGAGAGAGAGAGGUGCAUUGCGAUGCUGGACGAAUUGUGGAGGAGUUCUAGUUUUGCUUCGAUGAGGUGGGGAUGGGAGCGUGAAUUCCCAUUAACGUCCUUGCUCGACGACAGCAGAUAGUCUACGGGAGGCCGAGAACAUCAAUUUGACACUCUCACCGUCGGCCUAUGUACAACACUGAUGCAAGGAGGAGAGGAGAGUUAUGCAGCAGGUGGGGGUUUGAACGAGACAACCAUGUGAUCCCAGGGCAGAGAACUCUACCGGAGAUGGGUGAGACGCCGAAGCACGCCUCCUACGCAGGCUGCUGAAGAACAUGCAUUUACCUCUCGGAAGAGGCACUUUCGCGUUCAGCUCCGAGAGGUUCGUUCGAUUAAUCCGCCGAGAUCAAGAUCGGGCUUCAGUUUCGAGUGAUUGUCUGCGAUCUCGUGGUGGCAAGGAGGUUUAGAUUCUGCGGGCCGAACCAAGUCAUCACCUAUUAUUCCGAAUUGUGCUUGAUGGUCUAUUUUUGUGACAAGGACCGGGAAGUCGCCAGGGAGAAGCCGAUCUCCGCGUAUAGAGUGCACAGAUGCGGGGCUGUAGAUCUGUCUGUACAUUGGCAGGAGUAGGCAAUCUGUACAUCGUGCAAGCAGAAUGGCUCGAAGAAAUGUGCUUUCUGGUUUCUUAGGGUCGUUACUACCAGAGUCCGCUGGUGUUUAGAUGUAAGUUCAAGUGUUUGACAAAAAUCCCAACUUUGUCCAGUUGGGUGCAAAUAUCUUCAGAGCAAUAAAAAAACUGGACGUUCUGUUGU